GGUAUGACGGUGCGCGUCGCGAGGUUCGCGGUGUAACGUGCUGCCGGGCGGCCGCGGUGCUCUGGCGUGCUGCACACACACGCACGCGCGUUCCCGCAUACGUGUUUACUAUUAUUAUUAUAUAGUAUUUUCACGACCACGUCUGAGCCGGAACGCCCGGAGCAGGAGUACCCGAGUACACUUUCUGUUUACACGUUCAGGCGUUAGUACGUCGGUUCAUCAGUCGCCGCAGUCGCAGUCUCUUCUCGUACACACACACGUAAACACAUGCGUGCGUGCGCGACUGGCAGCGGCACGUUAAUUUAGCAUUUCGGCUCCCGUGCAAAUCACAAUUCACAAUAAUACAUUAUUCAGCAGUCGGAAGACUACAAUCGGCAGUGUUUUUGUCGUACUCCGUUCACGCGUCCCGUUUUCAACUCGGUUUUCGGUUAGCUUGCAAUAAAGCUAAGCGGCCGAUUCACACCCCUGUUUGCUCCGCGUCGCCACUCGUCGUCCUACACGUCCCGCCGAUAUCAUUGGCCCUCCGCCGAACCGCGCGUGAUAAAUAAGUACCCAUUUUACGUUAUAUUAUUAUCGCACGUCAGCAGUUCGCGCGGGAAUACGACGUCGCCAUGGUCCGCCUUAUGAUGCACCCCGAACCGUCCAACUAUUCGUACGUGUUCGACUUCGAGGAGAACUUCCAUUACGAAUGGACGCGGCAGUGGAUGACCGAAAACUGGACCAACGGGUUCUAUUACUGCACCAUAUACGCCAUGCUGGUGUUCGGGCUCCGGCGGAUGAUGCGCGACCGGGCCGGUUUCCGGCUCAAGGGGCUGCUGGUACUGUGGAACACCAUGCUGGCCACGUUCAGCCUGGUCGGAUUCGCCCGGACGGCGCCCGAGCUGUUCCGGGUGCUCAACAAAUACGGCCUGCACCAUUCGGUGUGCGUCACCAGCUAUAUCAUGGAUGACAAGGUGUCCGGGUUUUGGUCAUGGGUGUUCGUACUGUCCAAACUGCCCGAACUGUGUGACACUAUAUUCAUAGUGAUGCGCAAGAAGCCGCUCAUCUUCCUGCACUGGUACCAUCACAUCACCGUGCUGCUGUAUUCGUGGUUCUCAUAUAUGGAGUUCACGUCGUCUGCCCGGUGGUUCAUCGUCAUGAACUACUCGGUGCACUCUAUGAUGUAUUCGUAUUUCGCAAUCAGCGCCAUGGGUUACCGGUUGCCCAAAUGUGUGUCUAUGUUCAUCACGGCCAGCCAGCUAAUGCAGAUGUUGGCCGGCUGCUUCAUCAACUACACCACAUACGGUUACCUGAAGUCGGGUGGUCAGCAAUCGUGCCGGGUGUCCCAGACCAAUGUUACUGUGUCGUCUUUGAUGUACUUCAGUUAUCUAUUGCUGUUCGCUAGAUUUUUCUACAACGCAUACUUCAGCAAGUCUAAAAAAUCGUCCAAACAACACUGACCUCCGAUGACAUGUGUUGUUAUUAUUUUAAUUAUUAUAUCUAUUGGUUUUGAACGAAGUGCUAUUAUAAAUAUUAUCUAUGUUAUUUACGAGAUCAAUUUGUUCUACCCCUUUAAUAACAAAUUAAAUGGAAUAUCUUAGUUUUAUUGUAGUUAAACUCCUAAUCUGGAGCUUACGCAUAAAACAGUUAAGUCCUAGACUCUUAGACCUUUAGAGAUCACGCUUGAAAUUUAAACUCACUAUAUAAAUUAAUAAUAUGCCUCAUAAUAUGUGCAUAUACAGUAUUCAGUUACGGCAAUGGGGGACUCUUCUAUCCUUCGCCCCCUUUGUAGUUUUCAAAAAACUCGCGCCUCCCUCCUAUAAACUGAAACAAAUGAUCAUCUUUUAUUUUUAUUUAUUUUUCAUUUUUUCCCUACAUUGUAAAAUAAAAAUAAUGUGAUAAAUAAAAUUUUACUUCAUUAUGACUGCUUGCGCCUCCAGUAAUGUUUACACGCCCCCUCCCCCCCAGGUUGGGAUACACUGAGGUACGGGGUUCUGCAAAACUAAAGCGCUUUAGGUGUUUCAAUUUAUCUGCUUGUGACAAAUAAACAUCCACCAUUUAGUAUUUAUACCAACAAAAAUCUUAAUAAGGACCUAACCCAAUAAAUUAACCAAAUUAUAUUAAAAUGUUCUUAUUAAUUUAAAUUUUCGUACUAAUCUGAUGAUCAAAAAAAUAUCUAAUCUAACCUAAAGACCUACUAAAUAUUAAAAAAAAAAAAAACAAUAAUAAAUUCUGCUUUGUGAAGGAAUAUAGUUUUUUUUACUUUUAAAUUUGGUAUUAUUGAACAUUACUAUUAGGUAUAAUUAAACAUAAUUAUCAUUGUUUUGGGCGAUGAAUUGUAUAUAUAUUUCUCUUUAGUUGUUAUGUUUAAGAAAUUGUAUUAUUUUUUUUUUCUUGGACGAUAUUUAUUUUAUCAAAAUUAAUUUUUACUUAUACCUACUAAUUACUAGAUAAACCAAUAGGUACUUUAAUUCUACGAAAAAGUUGAGUUUCAAAAUAAAUGACGUUAUUCAGGGAAUUAGAAUCGUAAAAGCCAUACAUUUUAGUAUUAAACAAAUUGCAUUAACCAUAAUGUAUUUUUUUUUUUUUUUUUUUUUUUAUAGUCUUAAAAUUGUAAUAAAUUGAAUGUUUUUUUUAUGUAUUUGUGGUAAUUAUACAAUUUUUUACAGCAAUGAAUCGUAACUUUGUUAAACAUUCAUUUUUGUCAACAUUAUAUUAUUUAUUAAUGUUAUUAAUUUUGAAAAACUAGUUAGAGAAUUAUAAUUAUUUUAUUAGGUUUUUAGUUUUUUAGUUGUUAUCUUAUUAGUUUGAAUAAUGAAUAUAAAACGCUUAUUAUAUGUGUGUAAUCGUAUAUCAAUAGGUCUUGAUUAAUUUGAAAUUUUAAUAUUUUACUAAUGCAUUUUUUAAUGCAUGUAUAAUAGGUUGGUUAAGUAUAUUAUAAUAUAUUGUCAUAACUCAUAAGUAUGAAUAUUAAAUGUACCCAUAUGCGAGCUAGUUCAUAUUAAAUAGUAAAUUAGUAAAUGCUGCAAGGUGCUGUUGCAUGUUUAAUUUUACUGUAUGGCUUAAUAUUUUUAUAAAAUUAUUUCUAUUCGAUAUUGUAUAUUUUGAUAAUAAUAUAAGUACACUAGUGAACUAAAUGUA